CUUCUGCCCUCUGUCACUGGUGAUGCUGCUGUGGGAAAACCCAAUUUCUGCAGUUACAUAUACAGUGCAACCCCCUGUUUCUCCCGCUACUCCCUUUGCGUUUCGGUUGGCCAAAACGGCUCAAAACCGGGCACCUGCCGGCUGCGCGCCGUCAAAAAAAUCCCCACCGUCGCCAAGACCCUUCAGCGCAUACCCCGAGAGCUGCACGGCAAGAUAUUCCAGGCUCAAACCCUGCGCAUUACCGACGAGGAGCGGUUUUCCGCCUGCCUAGCGCACAGCCGUGUCUAG